UGUGUGCUACAAGGAAGAUUGUGCGUGCGAGGGCUGGAGAACCGAUGAAGCUAAAAACAACAUUGUGUUGAGAGCUCAAGGCUGCAUUGUCUUUCUUGCUUGUUCCCGACAAUGGUGAAGUUAAGGGCAAAAUGCAUUCUCGUUGGGGAUGCCGCGGUAGGGAAAAGCGCCUUGUCCCAGAUGUUCCGGAGCGACGGCGCCCACUUCCAGAAAAUGUAUUCUAUGACCACAGGAGUGGAGUUGCUGACUAAGUGUGUGCUCAUCCCAAACACCAGUGACAGCGUGGAGCUGUACAUCUUCGACUCGCCCGGGAGAGAGAUCUUUGCAGAGUACUGUGAGAAAAUGUGGGGGCUGCCGUCGGUGGUGUGUGUGGCGUUUGACAUCAGCAGCGCGGCGUCCUUCAGCAGCUGUGGCCGCUGGCUGGAGAGGGUGCGGACCCACUCGCCGGGCCUCCAGGUGCCGGGGGUGCUGGUGGGCACCAAGUCAGACCUGUCGUCACGGAGGGAGGUGGAGACGGCCGUGGCCCAGGAGUGGGCUCAGAGCCAAGGGCUGGAGUACUUUGAGACAUCCGCCAAAGAGAUGGAGAACUGCGAUGCCCCGUUUGUCUGUCUGGCCCAGAGCUUUCACACUCUCCAGCAGAACCCGAUCGAGAACGAGAGCACUGAUUCUCCCUGAGCAUCCUCAGGCCCAGAGUAUGGAUACACACUACACAUUGUGGACACACUACACAGUAUGAGUACACACUACACACUACUGACACACUCUACAUACUACACACUUAUUUAUUUUUAUAAGAACUGCUUGGAACACGCUACAGCGAUGACCGUGUUGGCUGCAGUUGUCGUCCUAGUACAUCACAUAUCAAAAUGAUUAUACAGAUGUUUUGAUAUAAUAUACAUAAAUGUAUCCUGUCAGAUGUUUUUGUAAUUCGUUUUUUUUCCUGUGUGAUCUGUGCUGUGCCACUAUCUGCAGCUCGGUGAACCAAUUAAAGGUUUGAUUUUUC